AGGGAAAAGUAGAUUCGGGACCCACUUUUCAGCUUAAAUUAAUGUACUCUUCUCUCUCAUGAAUUAUUAUUUAAGUUUACGUAUUUCACAAUAUGUUUCAAGAAAUUAAAAAGAAAAAAAUUCAAAAGAGUGAAAAGAGUCUUUGAUCGGUGUUUGACGAGACACUGCACUUUAAUGGGCUUCGAGUCUUUUUUUUCUUCUUCUUCUCUCUCUCUCUUCCAAUUGCAAACAAACCCUAGCUACCUCUCUCUCUCUACAUCUCAUCAUGAACGAUCCUAAAAAUCCCGAUCUGACCAACCACGACUCCUCUUGGACACAACUCACAGCUCCAGAUUCUCACUUCUUCCACAGAAACACUUCCGACAUCUUCUCUGACUUUGUCGGGAACCUCCACGCUUCCUCCCAAUCCGAUCAUCAUCAUCCUCACUCCCUCCGGUUUGAUACCGGUUUAACACCAACUUCCGGUGUCCCAUCUUCCGUUACCACCACCACUCUACCCUCUACUCCUUCAUCUUCCUCAUCCCCCGCAGCUGCUCUUUCUGUUGCCGUUACAGAGGUUUCAACCUCUACUAAUCUCCCCGCCACCUCCAGUUCUAGCGAGGAUCCAACUGAGAACUCAACUGCCUCCGCCGCGAAAGCACCGGAGACGCCAAAGAAGGAGAAGAAGAAGGCUCAGAAGCGAAUCCGGCAGCCAAGAUUCGCAUUCAUGACCAAGAGUGAUGUGGAUAAUCUUGAAGAUGGAUAUCGAUGGCGCAAAUAUGGACAGAAGGCUGUCAAAAAUAGUCCAUUCCCAAGGAGCUACUAUAGAUGCACGAACAGCAGAUGCACGGUGAAGAAGAGAGUGGAACGAUCAUCUGAAGAUCCAUCGAUAGUUAUCACAACAUACGAAGGACAACAUUGCCAUCAAACCACUGGAUUCCCUCGUGGUGGAAUCCUCACCGCUCACGACCCUAGUAACUUCACAUCCCAUCAUCUUCUCCCUCCUCCAUUGCCAGAUCCUUAUUACUACCAAGAACUCCUUCAUCAACUCCACAGAGACAAUACUUCUUCGCUGAGAUUACCCCAAUCUACUACUGAAGGACCUGCUGCAGUGUCGUCUAUUAAUCCACCAGAAGAAGGCUUGCUUGGUGAUAUUGUACCUCAAACCAUGCGCAAUACUUGAGGUACCCUCAGCAAAUCAUCACAACCUUGGUAACAAAUAAGGAGAGGUACUAACUACUUUUAUAGAAGAUAUUGCAGACUGGAAAACAAUACAGCCACAACGGGUUGUAAGCAGAGAUCUCUAUAUUAUUUCAAUGUUGAUCAAUGGCGUCGGUUUCUUAAGGUAUAUAUAGUAUAAUUCUGAUGUAACUCAACUUGAAUAAAUCUACUGACUAGUUAUGUCCCACAUGUAGAUGCAUGUAUGUGCACUUGGGAAAAAAAUAUGGAGGAUUUCCGGAUACUAUUUUUGCUAA